GGGGCCUGCACCGCCACAGCGUCUAUCGAUAACACCAGCCACAGUUGCCGCCUCUUCGUCAAACGAACCAAAAGAUUUUUUUUCUCCCAGCGAGAAGAAGCGAAGACGAAGAAGAGCAGCGAAUUUCCCUUUCCACGCCUCCAUUUUGCGAUUUUUGAUCUCCUUUUAUUCCCGAGAUCUUUCUUUCUUUAACCCAUUUUCACUAUACCCUUCGAUAUGAGUAACGAAACCAACGGUGUCGCUGCGGAGAAAUUCGCUAUCGGUAUCUCCUUUGGCAACUCCUCCAGCUCCAUUGCCCGUGUCACACCUGAAGGCAAGGCUGAGGUUAUUGCCAACGAAGAGGGAGACCGUCAAAUCCCCAGUGUUCUCUCUUACAUGGAUGGAGAGGAAUACCACGGCACUCAGGCCAAGGCCCAGCUUGUUCGCAACUCCCAGAACACCGUUGCAUACUUCAGAGAUUACCUUGGAAAGGACUUCAAGUCGAUAGACCCUACCCCAUGCCACAACUCGGCCCACCCCCAGCAGAGCGACUCGACUGUUGCCUUCUCCAUCCGUGAUACCGCCAGCGAGAACAACAACACAGUUACUGUUUCCGAGAUCUCUACUCGUCACCUUCGUCGCUUGAAGCAGUCUGCUACUGACUACCUUGGCAAGGAGGUCAACGCUGCCGUUAUCACCGUCCCCACUGACUUCACCGAUGCCCAGCGUGAAGCCCUGACCGAGGCUGCCAAGGGUGCUGGUAUUGAGGUUCUCCAGCUCAUCCACGAGCCCGUCGCUUCCGUCUUGGCCUAUGAUGCCAGACCCGAGUCUGUUGUGACUGACAAGCUUGUCGUGGUUGCCGACCUCGGUAACACUCGUUCGGAUGUCGCUGUCAUCGCUUGCCGCGGAGGCAUGUACACCAUUUUGGCCACCGCCCACGACUACGAGCUGGGAGGAUCUUCUUUGGACCAGAUUGUCAUCGACCACUUCGCCAAGGAGUUCAUCAAGAAGCACAAGACCGACCCCCGCGAGAACGCUCGUGGACUCGCCAAGUUGAAGCUGGAGUGUGAGGCCACAAGAAAGGCCUUGAGCUUGGGUACCAACGCUAGCUUGAGCAUCGAGAGUCUUGCGGAUGGUAUUGACUUCGGCUCUACGGUCAACCGCACUCGCUACGAGUUGCUGUCUGGCAAGGUCUUUGCCCAGUUCACUGGUCUGAUCGAGCAGGUUGUCAAGAAGGCCGAGUUGGAUGUUUUGGAUAUCAAUGAGGUCAUUUUCUCCGGUGGUGUUUCGCACACUCCUAAGAUCGCCCAGCUCGCCCGCAACAUCUUCCCCGAGACCACCUCGAUCCUUGCUCCUUCCACCACCACCACCGCCAUCAACCCCUCCGAGUUGGCUUCCAGAGGUGCCGCCAUCCAGGCCUCCCUGAUCCAGGAAUUCGAGAAGGAGGACAUUGAGCAGUCGAUUCACCCCGUCGUUACCGCCACUCCCCACCUCCGCAACGCUAUUGGUGUCGAGUUCACCUCCGGAGAGAGCGUUGACUUCAAGCCUCUCCUGAACACCGAAACCGCCCUCCCCGCCCGCCGUGUUGCUCAGUACUCUGCACCCAAGGAUGGUGGUGACGUCUUCGUCCGUGUUGUCGAGGGUGUCCGUGAGAUCAAGGUCACCAAGCCUGAGCCCAAAGAGAAGCCCGCUAAGACUGAGGAGGACGAGGAAGACUCCGACUUCGACUCGGAUGAGGAUGAGGAGGAGGAGAUCCGUGAGGUUGCAUGGAAGACCGAGAAGCCCGUUGCUGAGCUCGCCGUCAAGGGCGUCAAGGCCGGCGGCAAGGUCGAGGUUAUGGUCCACAUCAACGCCGACCUGGGCCUGCAGGUCACCGCCAAAGAAAUUGGUGGCCAGAGUGCUGUCCGUGGUGCUGUUGAGGCUCCUAAGGCUUAAGCAUAACCUUGGUCAUUCUUCUCUUUUCCUAUUAAAAUUUUUGCAACGUCAUGGUUAACGCUUUUCCUUUUCCCAUGAAUUUAUCUAUUAUAACAUCUGAACAUGAUAGAAUUUUUCUUUUUGACCUUUUCCCGCUUGUAUCUCCUUUGAUUUUAGGCUCUGGGCAUCUGAAUGUUGAGGAAAGGUUUGAUCGGAAU